AUGAAGGGAGACACCAGACAACUCAACAGAGAGGAGGACGCCAGCGGGAGGGAAGACUCCAUCAUCACUAAUGGGGGCUGCAGCGACCAGUCUUCUGACUCCAAGGAUGCGCCCUCACCCCCUAUCCUGGAGGCUAUCAGCACCCCGGAGAUCAGAGGCCGUAGAUCAAGCUCACGGCUGUCCAAGAGGGAGGUCUCCAGUCUGCUAAGUUAUACUCAGGAUCUGACGGGUGAUGGAGAUGGCGAGGGGGAAGACGGAGAUGGCUCUGACACCCCAGUGAUGCCCAAACUCUUCCGUGAAACCAGGACUCGGUCUGAAAGCCCAGCUGUCCGAACCCGAAAUAACACCAGUGCCUCCAGCCGGGAGAGACCCAGGUCCUCCCCGCGUUCCACCCGAGGCCGGCAGGGCCGCAAUCCCGUGGAUGAGUCCCCUGUGGAGUUCUCAGCUACCAGGUCCCUGAGGCGGCGGACAGUAUCCUUGGCAGGCACGCCGUGGCCGUCCCCAGCCAGCCCCUACCUCACCAUUGACCUCACGGAUGACGAUGUGGUGCCCCAGAGCAGCAGUACCCCCUACACCCGCUUGGCCCAGGACAGCCAGCAGGAUGGCCUCGAGUCCCCACAGGUGGAUGCAGAGGGUAGAGAUGCCGACAGCGCCGAGUAUCAGGAUGGGAAGGAGUUUGGGAUAGGGGACCUUGUGUGGGGAAAGAUCAAGGGCUUCUCCUGGUGGCCUGCCAUGGUGGUGUCAUGGAAGGCCACCUCCAAGCGCCAGGCCAUGUCCGGCAUGCGGUGGGUCCAGUGGUUUGGUGACGGCAAGUUCUCUGAGGUGUCUGCAGAUAAGCUAGUGGCCCUGGGGCUGUUCAGCCAGCACUUUAACCUGGCGACCUUCAAUAAGCUGGUCUCUUACAGGAAGGCCAUGUACCAUGCGUUGGAGAAAGCCAGGGUGCGGGCUGGCAAAACCUUCCCCAGCAGUCCUGGAGACUCAUUGGAGGACCAGCUGAAGCCCAUGUUAGAGUGGGCCCACGGGGGCUUUAAGCCCACUGGGAUUGAGGGCCUCAAACCAAACAACAAGCAACCAGUGGUUAAUAAGUCGAAGGUGCGUCGUGCAGGCAGUGGGAACUUAGAAUCAAGGAAAUACGAGAACAAGACUCGAAGACGCACAGCUGACGACUCGGCCACCUCAGACUACUGCCCCCCACCCAAGCGCCUAAAGACCAACUGCUAUAACAAUGGCAAAGACCGAGGAGAGGAGGACCAGAGUCGAGAACAAAUGGCUUUGGAUGUUUGCAACAACAAGAGUAACCUGGAAGAUAGCUGUUUGUCCUGUGGUCGGAGAAACCCCGUGUCCUUCCACCCUCUCUUUGAGGGUGGGCUCUGCCAGACGUGCCGGGACCGCUUCCUCGAGCUGUUCUACAUGUACGACGACGAUGGCUAUCAGUCCUACUGCACAGUGUGCUGUGAGGGCCGCGAGCUGCUCCUCUGCAGCAAUACGAGCUGCUGCCGGUGCUUCUGCGUGGAGUGCCUGGAGGUGCUGGUGGGCACGGGCACCGCAGCAGACGCGAAGCUGCAGGAGCCCUGGAGCUGCUACAUGUGCCUCCCUCAGCGCUGUCAUGGCGUCCUACGGCGCCGGAAGGACUGGAACGUGCGCCUGCAGGCCUUCUUCACCAGCGACACAGGGCUCGAAUACGAAGCCCCCAAGUUAUACCCUGCGAUUCCCGCAGCCCGAAGGCGGCCCAUUCGAGUCUUAUCCCUGUUUGAUGGAAUUGCAACAGGGUACUUGGUCCUCAAAGAAUUGGGCAUCAAAGUGGAGAAGUACGUCGCCUCUGAAGUGUGUGAAGAAUCCAUCGCUGUUGGAACUGUGAAGCACGAGGGCAACAUCAAAUACGUGAACGACGUCAGGAACAUCACGAAGAGAAAUAUUGAAGAAUGGGGCCCCUUCGACUUGGUGAUUGGUGGAAGCCCAUGCAAUGAUCUCUCAAAUGUGAACCCUGCCAGGAAAGGCCUGUACGAGGGUACAGGCCGGCUCUUCUUUGAGUUCUACCACCUGCUGAAUUACACGCGCCCCAAGGAGGGGGAUGACCGGCCCUUCUUCUGGAUGUUUGAGAAUGUGGUAGCCAUGAAGGUUGGCGACAAGAGGGACAUCUCUCGGUUCCUGGAGUGUAACCCAGUGAUGAUCGAUGCCAUCAAAGUGUCUGCCGCUCACAGGGCCCGCUACUUCUGGGGCAACCUGCCUGGAAUGAACAGGCCCGUGAUAGCAUCAAAGAAUGAUAAACUCGAACUGCAGGACUGCUUGGAGUUCAAUAGGACAGCAAAGUUAAAGAAAGUACAGACAAUAACCACCAAGUCGAACUCGAUCAGACAGGGGAAAAACCAACUUUUCCCUGUUGUCAUGAAUGGCAAAGAAGAUGUUUUGUGGUGCACUGAGCUAGAAAGGAUCUUCGGCUUUCCUGUACACUACACGGAUGUGUCCAACAUGGGCCGUGGUGCCCGCCAGAAGCUGCUUGGGAGGUCCUGGAGUGUGCCUGUCAUCCGACACCUCUUCGCCCCCCUGAAGGACUACUUUGCCUGUGAAUAG